GAAGUUGUGGUGGCGGCAAAAGAUGAAGAGAUCAAGCGACUCUGCAACCUGCUGGACGCGCACUUUAUUCCCCACCGCAAGACCAUCGAGGGUGAAGUGACAACGUACGAGGGCACCAUUGCGAUUCUCAGCGAGAAGGUCGGCGAGCUGACGCGGGAGAUGGAGAUACGGGAACAGUUAGCCCUUGAGAAUGAGACUCAGCUCAAGGCCCGCAUUGCAAAUCAGGAGGAAGUUAUCGAGGCACUUCGAGAAGACCUGCGUUGCUCGCAAGCCCGGCGCCGUGAGGAGGUGCGGUCCGUCGAAGAAGAAGUUUCCCGCCUGAAGAAGACACUGGAGAUCCAUUUUAUCCCGUACGAGAUAUAA